AAGACGGCGUUGUUCUGCGCCAUGUAGCAGAGCAGCUAAUACAUUUAUUUACCUGCUUCAUACUGAGUUUUUUUUUUUUGCGUUUGCGUCUGCAUUGUGAACCUUUGACCAUGGGGGACAUAAAAAAUUUUCUGUACGCCUGGUGCGGAAAAAAGAAAUUGACCCCUAACUAUGACAUUCGUGCAGCUGGAAACAAGAACAGGCAGAAAUUUAUGUGCGAGGUGAGAGUUGAUGGUUUCAGUUACAUCGGAAUGGGAAACUCCACCAAUAAGAAAGAUGCCCAGGCCAAUGCAGCAAGAGACUUUGUAAAUUAUCUGGUUCGCGUGGGACAGAUGAGUGCUUCUGAAGUACCUGCUUUAGGUGCCAAUGCUCCAUGUGUACCCGAUAGUGGUGGUGGUGGUGGUGAAGGAAGUGGGUUUGGGAUGCUGCCAGGCAGUGGUCCUUUGCCUCCACAUUUACUUGUCAAACAAGAGAUGGACACUGAGCCAAGCUCUCUUCCUGUUCCUGGAGUAACUGGACUCGGCUACACGGGCUUGAAUAAUCCACAGUGGGAACGAGGCGCUAACCUUCAGGACUACUACUCGAGGAAAGAGGAACAGGAUGCAAAAGCUACCCUGGAGUCUGAAGAAGUAGAUUUAAAUGCCGGUCUGCACGGAAACUGGACUCUGGACAACGCCAAGGCUCGUCUAAACCAGUUCUUUCAGAAAGAGAAAAUCCAAACAGACUACAAAUACAACCAAGUGGGGCCAGACCACAACAGGAGCUUCAUUGCUGAAAUGACUAUCUUUGUGAAAGAGCUACGUCGAAAUAUCUUUGCUCGGGAGCACGGCUCCAAUAAAAAGCUGGCGGCCCAGUCGUGCGCGCUCUCCUUGGUCCGUCAGUUGUAUCACCUGGGUGUCAUCGAGGCUUUUACAGGACUGACCAAGAAGAAAGACGGAGAGACGUUGGAGGUUUAUAACGUGAACGUGAGCGACGAGCUGAAGCAUCAGCUACAGAGUGUCAUCCAAGAGCUUGGCAUCCAGAUUCCUCCAGUUGAUCCCAGCGGUCCGACGUCUCUGAUUCAGGGCAAGUUGGCCCACUUUGAGCCAUCACAGAAGCAGAAUACAGGAGGUGUGGUGCAGUGGUCUCCUCCUCAGGUCAACUGGAACCCUUGGACCAGUAGCAACAUCGACGAGGGACCUCUGGCUUUUUGUACGCCGGAGCAGAUCAGUGCAGACCUGGAAGGCGAACUCAACUACCAGCUAGAACACGACACCAACUUGCAGGAGAGACUGCAUGAGCGAGAGCAGCUUCCUGUUAAAAAGUUUGAGGAGGAGAUCAUGAACACCAUCAACAGCAAUCCGGUGGUGAUCAUCCGCGGGGCCACGGGCUGCGGAAAGACCACCCAGGUGCCGCAGUACAUACUGGAUCAGUACGUCAAAGGAGGACGAGCCUCAGAGUGCAACGUCGUCGUCACUCAGCCUCGGCGGAUCAGCGCGGUGUCGGUGGCCGAGCGCGUGGCGUACGAGAGAGGUGAGGACGUGGGGAAGAGCUGCGGCUACAGCGUACGCUUCGAGUCCAUCCUGCCCAGACCGCAUGCCAGCAUCUUGUUCUGCACCGUCGGGGUUCUCCUGAGGAAGCUGGAAGCUGGAAUUCGAGGAAUCAGCCAUGUGAUCGUGGACGAAAUCCACGAGCGAGACAUUAAUACCGAUUUCCUGAUGGUGGUGUUAAGAGACGUGAUCCUCGCUUUCCCCGACGUCCGCGUGGUCCUCAUGUCCGCCACCAUUGACACGACCAUGUUCAGAGAUUACUUCUUCAACUCUCCGAUCAUAGAAGUGUUCGGACGCACGUACCCCGUGCAGCAGUAUUUCCUGGAAGAUUGCAUUCAGAUGACGCAGUUUGUUCCGCCUCCGUCAGAUAAGAAGAGAAAAGACAAAGAUGAGGAAGGUGGCGAGGAGGAGGUAAACUGUAACCUGUUGUGCGGCCCCGAGUACGGUCCCGAGACCAAACGCUCCAUGGCCCAAAUGAACGAGAAGGAAACGCCGUUUGAACUGAUCGAGGCCCUGUUGAAGUACAUCGAAACGUUGCAGGUGGCCGGAGCCGUGCUGAUCUUCCUGCCUGGCUGGAAUCUCAUCUAUUCCAUGCAGAAACACUUGGAGAUGAACGUGCAUUUCGGUAGCCAUCAGUACAGGAUCCUGCCUCUUCAUUCUCAGAUCCCCAGAGAAGAGCAACGGCUGGUGUUUGACCCCGUACCUGAAGGCGUGACCAAGGUUAUUCUAUCAACAAACAUUGCCGAGACCAGCAUCACCAUCAACGACGUGGUCUAUGUCAUCGACUCCUGCAAGCAGAAGGUGAAGCUAUUCACUGCCCAUAACAAUAUGACCAACUACGCCACCGUGUGGGCAUCCAAGACCAACCUGGAGCAGAGAAAAGGCAGAGCUGGACGCGUCAGGCCAGGCUUCUGCUUCCACUUGUGCAGCAAAGCACGCUUUGAGAAAUUGGAGACCCACAUGACCCCAGAGAUCUUCCGCACACCGCUGCAUGAGGUGGCACUAAGCAUUAAACUGCUCAGGCUCGGUGCUAUUGGCCAUUUUCUGGCAAAAGCCAUCGAGCCUCCUCCACUGGACGCUGUUAUUGAAGCUGAACACACUCUCCGAGAGCUAGACGCGCUCGACACUAACGACGAACUGACCCCGCUGGGACGCAUCCUGGCCCGGCUGCCUAUUGAGCCUCGUCUGGGAAAGAUGAUGAUAAUGGGCUGCAUCCUAAAUGUAGGAGAUGCCGUGUGCACCAUUUCCGCCGCCUCGUGCUUUUCCGAGCCGUUCAUCAGCGAAGGAAAGCGUUUAGGAUUUGUUCACAGGAACUUUGCAGGCACACGAUUCUCUGACCACGUGGCCCUACUUUCUGUCUUUCAAGCCUGGGAUGAAGUCAGGAUCAGUGGAGAAGAGGCAGAAGUCAGGUUCUGUGAGCACAAGCGUUUGCAUAUGUCCACUUUAAGGAUGACCUGGGAGGCCAAAGUGCAGCUAAAGGAGAUCCUGAUCAACUCUGGUUUUCCUGAAGAAUGCUUAAUGAAUCAGGUGUUCAACAAUGUGGGGCCAGACAACAACCUGGACGUGGUGAUCUCAUUGCUGACCUACGGCUCUUACCCCAACGUCUGUUACCACAAAGAAAAGAGGAAAAUCUUGACCACCGAAGGUCGAAAUGCACUCAUUCACAAGUCUUCUGUUAACUGCCCCUUCUCCAGUCAAGACCCCAGUUAUCCGUCACCUUUCUUUGUCUUUGGGGAAAAGAUUCGGACCCGAGCCAUUUCAGCCAAAGGGAUGACCAUGGUUAGCCCUCUCCAGCUCAUUUUGUUUGCCGCCAAGAAAAUCACAUCUAACGGGGAGGUGGUCGUACUUGAUGACUGGAUCAACCUGCGUAUUGAGCAUGAACUAGCUGGCGGCAUUGCCGGACUAAGAGCUGCCAUGGAGGCUUUAGUGGUGGAGGUGACCAAAAACCCAGAGUACAUCAGAAGUAUUGAUCCCACCAACGAACGGCUAUUGAAUGUCAUUCGGUUCCUCUCCAGACCCUCGUCUGCUGGACUCAACCUCAUGACCAGCAACCCUCGGUUUGGAGAUGGUCCACGACCUCCGAAGAUGUCCAGGAUGGAUGGCGGCACUGGGGGGUUCCAUGGUCGGGGAGGAUAUCGAGGUGGUGGAGGAUACGGGGGUGGUGGUGGAGGAUACGGAGGUGGUGGUGGUGGAGGGUACAGGGGGACCGGAGGAGGGUACAGGGGAUCCGGAGGUUACAGGGGUGGAGGCGGAUACCGGGGGUCAGGAGGGUAUCGAGGUGGUGGAUUCGGAGGGAAUGGAGGUGGUUACAGGGGAGGUCGUGGGUUCAACAGAGGUGGAUAUGGAGGAUACUAGAAGAGGGAUUUACAUUCAUACCAUUUCUGCACCAUGUUUAAUGUUGUCGCAUGAUCUAUGUUGUGUGUUAAGGAAAGAAAAGUCUAGUUUACAUUGUGGGAAUAGCAGAAAGAUUAUUUCAGAAAUCCACACAUCAAUGUACUUACAUUGUGAUGCUGUGAUUUGACAAAUUACCUUAAUUAUUUUUAUUUACUGUAAUUUGUUAAUUUAUCAAAAUAUGAAGUGUUUGUGUAAGUGGUAUUCAUUCCUGAAACAAAACUUAAAAGCAAAGUCAUCGUCAUUUAACCAUGAAAUGCGUUGUCUUGUAUUUAAUCCGUAAAUCACAAACGAAUAUUAAAUAUCGGUUAAGAAAUCGAAA